AUGUCUGCUCUGCCGGGACAUAGAGUCACGCAAGCGGAGAAAGCUUUCGCUCAUACUGGCUGUGAUUAUUGCGGCCCUAUAUUGUAUACGCCCAUACGAGCUCGAGGUGUUAAAACUCGCAAGGCUUACCUAUGCAUAUUUACUUGUCUUACUACGCGCGCACUCCACAUCGAAGUAGCCACGGAUCUUUCCACUGUGAGUUUUAUCGCAGCUUUAAAGCGCUUCCUAUCGCGACGGGGUCCCGUGAAAUGUCUUUACUCUGAUCGUGGAACAAAUUUUAUAGGCACUCGAUCUUAUCUACGAGAUUUAUAUAAUUUUGUCACAAAGGAAUACCGCCCGCGUUUAGAAGAAGAAUUGGCCGAAAGUCGCAUUGAAUUCAAGUUCAUAGCGCCUGCCGCCCCACAUUUCGGUGGUUGUUGGGAGAGUAUGGUAAAAUGUGUAAAGAACCAUCUUUUUAAGGUUAUUGGACAGCAGAUCCUUGCGUAUGAGGAGUUAAUCACAAUCCUCGCUCAAAUAGAAUGUUUACUAAACUCUCGUCCUCUCACUGUGCUUAGCUCCGAUCCAGCUGAACCGAUGGCUUUAACACCCGCACACUUUUUGAAUACGUUACCAUUGCGCUCUCUACCUGCACCUGAUGUGGAAUCUUCGCCAAUUAAUUUACUUCAACGACAUACACUCUUAGAUAAAUUAGUCCAAUCCUUUUGGCGUCGUUGGAGAACUGAAUAUCUGCAUCAACUGCAGGCGCGGCGUAAAUGGACUCAAUGCUCGGUCCCCGUAAAGGUGGGCACAGUUGUCAUAAUUAUAAAUGAUAAUUCACCGACCCUCUCCUGGCCUUUGGGAGUGAUCGUAAAGGUUCACCCGUCUAAGGACGGUAUAGUUCGUGUCGCUACAGUAAAAACGGCAAGGGGUACACUCGUGCGACCAGUGGUGCGCUUGUGUCCGUUACCUACACAAUAA